AUGCGAUCGAGCUUAACCCCGGCCUCGGAAUUGGCAGAAGAGAAGGGCGCCGAGAUUGCGGAGCUCGGUGCUGAGGCGUCACUGGAAUUGGCCGGCCAACCAGGUCUUGCAGAGGAGGGAAUUCUCCACCAUCUCGUACAUCCGAGAUGGGAACUCCCAAGGACGCAACAGGAUUACUUAGAACUGGCCUGCCUUGGCUGGGGUCGUGAGGGUUUGAAUCAAGCUACCGACGAAUUGGGCAUAAAACGUGGUGCAGACCAGAAAACACUCCUUCAAACUCAUAAAAAUGAGGAAGACCUUCAAGCGUCCAUGCAUUCCUAUGCACAAUAA